AUGGCUCAGAUUGACUCUGUUUCUGACACACAGGGGCUCUGGCUGCUUCCCGGCCCUAGCAUGCGGCUUCCGGGGGGCCGACUUUGGCGGCUCCUGCCUCACGGGCUCGGAGGGUGCGCCCCGGCGGAGGGGGCCGCCAGAGUCUGGCUCAGGCAACUCGGCGCACGGCGAGAGGAGGCGUGGCGGACCUCGGAGCUGGCUCGCAGCGGCGGGGGAAGCCGGCCCUUGAGCACGGGGAUGCCGCCCCCUCCAGGGUCGCCCGGCCCCAAGCCGAAGGGCCGCAGAGACCCCAUGCGCCCCUCCAAGCCCGGGCCGGUUUCCUGGAAGUCUUUGGCAUUCACAUUUGCAAUUGGUGGAGCUUUAUUGGCUGGAAUGAAGUACUUCAAGAAAAAAAAGACAGAGAAGCUGGAGAAGGAACGGCAGCGAAGCCUGGGGAAGCCUUUGCUGGGGGGCCCGUUUUCCCUCACAACACAUACUGGAGAGCCCAAAACUGACAAAGACUACGUGGGUCAGUGGGUAUUGAUUUAUUUUGGUUUCACUCAUUGCCCUGAUGUCUGUCCAGAAGAACUAGAAAAAAUGAUUCAAGUCGUGGAUGAGAUAGAUAAUAUCCCAACUCUGCCAAAUUUAACUCCACUUUUCAUCACUAUUGACCCAGAAAGGGACACACAAGAAGCCAUCGCAAAUUAUGUGAAAGAAUUUUCUCCCAAACUGGUUGGCCUGACUGGCAGCAAAGAAGAGAUUGAUCGAGUGGCCCGAGCAUACAGGGUGUAUUACAGCCCUGGCCCCAAGGACGAUGAUGAGGACUACAUAGUGGAUCACACAAUAAUCAUGUACAUGGUUGGACCAGAUGGUCAGUUCCUAGAUUAUUUUGGCCAGAACAAGAAGAAUGCAGAAAUUGCAGGUUCGAUUGCCGCGCACAUGCGGGAACACAGGAGGAAGGGCUAG